UUUAGUAAAAUAAAAAUUCCGGUUCUGCUUCUUGGGGUAAUCGUCGUCAUCAUCAUCUUUCACAAACGCCCUUUGAUUUUUCUGCUUCUAAACCAAAUAGAAUUAAAAAACGAAAAGAAGUGAUUGAUACCGGUAAAAAAAAUUAUAUUACGUUGUUAAUUUUUUGUUGGAGUCAUUGGAAUUUAUAGAAAAUAACCCAAAGAAAAGACUGAGAUAAUAAGCAAAAAUGGGUUUAUUAUAUGGUUUGGGCAUACGAAUUAUGAACUUUAUGGUCAUAUUUCUGAUAGUUAUAUUAUUGCCGGGUCUGCCGCCACGUACCACUUUCCCCUUCAAAGAAUUUGAAGUGGCUCCUCCCAAAGCUUUAAGUGGUGCCUUGGAACCUAAUGCUAUCUUAGAAGGUGCCGAUCGUUUGUUAGAGGGCCGCGUUUAUGGUCCUGAAUGUUUGAUAGCCCGCAAGAAUGACAUUUAUAUGGGUAUACAUGGUGGCGAGGUGAUUAAAAUGAAUGCCGGUCAUGUUACUCAUGUUACUAAAAUUGGACAACCUUGCGAAGAUAUUACUGAAGAAUCUCGUUGUGGUCGUCCCUUAGGCUUGGCUUUCGAUAGCCAAGCUAAUAAUUUAUUAAUUGCUGAUGCCUACUAUGGCUUGUGGCAAGUUGAUCUCAUCUCGAACAAAAAGAAAUUAUUGGUAUCACCCCAGCAGGAAUUGCCGGGCAAAGAUAAUAAUAAUCGUAGAGCUAAAACUUUCAAUUCUGUCACUGUUGAUAAACAGGGUAACAUUUAUUGGACUGACUCUUCUUCUGACUUUACCAUACAAGAUUUGGUAUUCACCACCUUUGCCAAUCCCUCGGGACGUCUCUUCAAAUAUGACCGCGUCAAGAACGAGAGUAAAUUAUUAUUGGACGAAUUGUUCUUUGCCAACGGUGUUGCCUUGAGUCCUGAGGAAGAUUUUAUUGUGGUAGCUGAGACCGGAGCUUUGCGCUUGACAAAAUACUGGUUGAAGGGCAGCAAAGCUGGUAAGAGUGAGGUCUUCGUUGAAGGAUUACCUGGACAUCCUGACAAUUUGACUCCUGAUGCUGAGGGUAUUUGGGUACCAUUGGUCAUGGCUACAGAUAGUGAACAUCCUAGUGGUUUUACCAUGUUCUCACGUUUCCCCAGCAUUCGUUUGUUUUUGGCUCGCAUGUUGGCCUUGUUGGAAUUGCCUUUCAAACUAAUCAACAACGCUUAUCCCAAUAAGAUUGCACAACGCUUUAUUCACUUUAUUGGUCAUGGUGAAAGUAUUCAAUUGUUGUCGCCAAAACGUUCAACCAUUGUGCGUGUUGAUUGGAAUGGUCAUAUUGUGGGCUCUUUACAUGGUUUUGACAAGAGUGUUGGAUCUGUGUCGCAUGUUUUGGAAUUUAAUGACAAUCUUUUGUUGGGUUCCCCUUUUAAUCGUUUCUUGGCUCGUGUUAAGAACCCAAAACCCGCUAAACAACCCACUGUUAAGAUUGGAAAUGUACGUUAUGAAGGUGCUGGUAUGGAACCUGUGGUGAAGCCACCCAAGGAGGCCACAACUGCUAAGCCUAAGGUGACUACCACCACUACAGCUAAGCCCACAACCACAACUACACCAAAACCUACCACUACAACAACAACCACACCCAAACCUACCACUACAACAACUACCACAGCUAAGCCAAGAACCACCACCACAACAACCACACCAAAACCUACCACAACAACUACACCAAAGCCCACAACUACCACUACACCAAAACCUACCACAACUACACCAAAACCAACCACGACAACAACAACCACCACAAAAGCGCCCACAACCACCACAACUAGAAAGCCUUCGGCCAGCAGCACUCGUGUGCCACCUAAAAAUCCUGCUCCUGUAGAGGAAAACAUUCCUAGUGACAUUCCAGCUCCUAAACAGGAAAAAAUGAGAGUCAUAACCAAACAUGGUGAACAUGUGGAAUUUUAAACACUCACUUUCAUCUUGCAAUUAUUAACAACAUCAUCUACAACGUCGAUAAUCCAAACAUCAUUUUCAUCUCAAAUCCAAAUGGAUUUUAAGCUGAGCUCUUCAUAAACUUACUCAUAACGACGACAACGAAAGCUUUAAGCUUAAGACUAAUAAUUUAAACAUUUACAAUGAAAGCUCAACGAAACUGUCAGAAACAUUGUAUUUCUGCCAUGUUUGUGUUUUAAACUGUUCUUAGAGAAUUAAUUUCAUAUAAAAUAAAUCCUCAAUAACUUAAGCGUAUAAAAAGUCACUAACAUCAGGUUGAUAAAUUUUAAACUAAAACAGUUUAUUAAGAUUAUUUAUAUAUUAUUGUUCUUUUUUUGGGUUACGGUCUUUAGAAGAAAAUUAUAGAAAAAAGUUAACAUUCCAAAUUUUGGUUCAAGUAUUCUUUGUGCUGCUUUUUUUGUAAUAAAAUGAUUUCAUUUAAUUAGUUUUUUUUGUAUAAAUGUAUUAAAUACAUACAUAGAAAAGAGAUCUUAUUUUUUACUUUCAAAUAAAAAAACAUAAAACGAU